GCUCGGGAGCAAGCAGUGUUUUCUGUGCGUGCACUUCGGAGGAACCAAAAGAACCAAAAUCGUUUGAAACAGAUUUUUUGCGCGAAAAUUGCAUUUGAAAAAUUUUGUAACCACAAAUAAACGCAACGUCAUACGCAACCCAUACACAUGGCUCAUUGCUCUUACGGGAAGUCAACAACAACAAUAACAGGAAAACAAUACGCAAACCGGAACACUUAGUCGGCGAUUGCUAUCAUUACGCAAGGAACAGAAGGGGUGCAUUCUGAAGCCCUGAUCACUGUUGGAAGUGUGGUGAGAUUUUUCCAAGAUUUUUCGAAAAAAUGUGCAAAAUUCAGUAUCGUGAAUGUUUUGAUUAAGGAAGACGGACCGCGUUUUCGCGGUUUGACAUUGUGCAUCGCGUGACAAGUGAACAAUAGUGUGAUACGUGGAUUCUUGGUUGAUAGUACGCCAAGUUCUCCCAAGGGGUUGAGAUAAUUCCAACCAACCUAGCGUGGACCGAACGUUAAUUGAAAAAGCUGUUAACUACGAGUUGAAUAAAUUGUGAAAACUCUCGUGUGUGAUCUUCAGAUAUACGAAUAUUUUACGAAAUUGUCUUGUUUGUAAAUCCUAUAGAAUAGUGCUGCCAAGUUCUACCGAGGUGAAGUUCAGCGAAAGCAACAAUAUAGCUCCAACCACCCACAGUCUGAACGAAUAUCCUGCCGCAGGAAACUCCAACAUAAAACUGCGUCUCUUCGGGGGUGUUGCACUUUUCCUCCCCUUAACACAAACACCAAUGCACCACCACCAACAGCACCGGUGAGGACCCGUCGUCGCUGAAGCAGCCGCAGCAGCAGCAACCGAUUUUUCCGAGUUUGCACAAGUGCAUCCAGGGUGCACACCCGGCAGUUAGCAUUCGCGCAGCAAACGAGGAAGAAGUUGUGGACCGCAGCGCCAGAACCGAAAGCGAAUCAAAAAAGGGGUUUUCGGACCGGGAAGAGAGAAAAUUUUUAGGGGUUUGUGAUUCGCCGGAGCGGAAGGGAAACCCUAUUCCGAUGUGAGGUUUUUAAAGGAAAAUUCGCAGUUUUUUUGGUUUCACGAAAAUCUAUUUCGGCAUAGCAAGUGAUUAAAAUUUGAUCCCUUUUUGGAAAGUAUUUAUGUUUGAAGAAUAGUUACAAGAAGAAGUGACAAAACUUGUUUGAAAUUGCAAAUCAGUUGGAAAAUUCUGUGCAGCAAUUGAAGAAAUCAAAAAUUUCUAACCAGCAGAACGUGUAUAAAAGUGUGUACAUUUUCGGAAGUGAAUAAGUUUAAAAUUAAUCCUUGUACCAUACGUAUAUAUCGAGGAAAAGUUGUAGAAGAGAAUCCAAACGAACGAAAAAGAAUAUUCGCAAUUUUAAGUUGAAGUGAGAUAAAAAUGUCCAACGGAGUUAGUGGAAGCAAUGAGUGCUCGCCAAUGAAAUUCUCGCAAAAGUUCACCUAUUUGGCAGAAACCUGCUGCAAACGCGCCAUCAACAUCAGUAGCAGUAGCACCAGCAGCAGUAGUGUCCGUUCGAAUGCUUGCAUCACCGCUGCCACCAGCCUCAGCCCAUCCCAAUGAAUCCAAACUCGUAGUGGGAAAAGCCGCAGGACCACCGAACCGGACGGAACUGAUGUGAAACAGCGCUCUAAUGUAAAACUUUUCAAUCACCCCCCAAACAUGAAACUAUACCUUUCGGUCCAAAAUUAAAACAUUUUCGGCAAAACAAAAACAAAAAAAAGUAUCAACUGUUUGAGAACUUCAAAAUUAUUUUGGAAAAAAAGGAAGCAAAAAUUGUCUCUUUGGAAGAACCCAAAAGACGCGUAAAAAUAACAGCAACAAAAAAAAAGUUCAUUGGAAGCAAAAUUAUUUAACGGAGUUUGAAAGUUUUGAAACAUACACACACAGAGCUUCUGGUACCUCAAGUGGCGCGGAAGCGGAACUGAAAUUCUGGAUAGUUAAGGACGUCGUUUGAAGCUAUUCAAGAUCCUGCUCAAAUUCCAUCAACGCACUGAGACAGAACACGACAGUCCAUCACGAGUGACGGGUCACCAGGAGAGCACAGCAGCAGUACCAUAAUCUCGCAUUGUUCCCGUCGCAAAAACCGUCAAGCUGAAUUCGCCAAAGUCGGUCGUCAAGAUGGAUCAGCAGCAGUACUGCCUCAAAUGGAGCAACUACUCGUCGAACCUGGCGGCGGCCUUUUCCAAUCUGUUCGAUUCGGCAACGCUGACAGACGUCACGUUAGUCUGCGGAGGAACCGUCUUCAACGCUCACAAAGUAAUCCUGGCGGCAUGUUCGAAAAACUUCGCCGAUCUGUUCGAGCGGGCUCCCGUCGGCACCGGUCAGAUUUGUGUCAUGCUGGAGGCAACUUCGGCGGACAACAUGCACGCUCUGCUGGAAUUCAUGUACAAGGGUGAAGUGCACGUUUCACAGAAAUCGCUGGAGAGCUUCCUGAAAGCCGCCGAGAAUUUGCAGGUCAAAGGUCUCACCACAGAACAUGGUCGCUUCGCGAGUGCAAACGCCACCCAGUCACAGCAGCCGGCGUUCCACGAGUCAAACAACCUGCCCUCGCCAUCCGCCCGCCGACAGUCACGGAAUUCCCUGUCCGCCUCGAUGGAGUCCAUCAAUCGGAUCGGGGGAAUCGUGAAAAAUGAACCACUAGCGGGCGGCGGCGGUGGUGGUGCCGGGGGAGGAGGUAGCGUAGGCGGAGGCGGUAGUGGUGGUACCACAACGCCCAACUUCUCGUCCUACCUGCCACCGACCUACAUGCCACAGCCGUACGAAAGCUCCCGGAAACGUUCGAUUCGCAGCCCGUUCUACGAGGAAGCCACACGGGGCAGUGUGCUGCGGGACGGCAAAGCCAGCGUCGGCAACGACAGUCCGGUUAGCGGCAGUAAAAACUAUCGGCCCUCGAGCAGUGGAUCAUCGGCAGCACCGACGGAAGCGGACACAGCCCACAUGGACCGGGAUUCGCCGCAGCAGUCAAAUCGGUACGAGAAUCACAGCCCCAGCACCACCCACCACGGCAACGGAAACGGACCUGUCUCAUCGAACACGUUAGAAAGGGAUGAUCCGAGCGAUCGGGUGUCUUCCGCGGACAAAGUCAAAUGCGAAGGCAAAGAAGGAAAUGACAACGGAGCUGAGGAUCUGCGGAUGAAAUCGAACGAAAUGCGACCGAUCCAGUCACCGCUGACGUCUUCCGCCCCGCCCACGCCGACCACUCCGGUGGCCUUCAUGAAGGGUGGCCUGCCCGGAGGACUGGAAGGACUGAACCCCACCGUCGAUAUGAUAAGUAUGUUGAACGCCCAGCGGGAAAGUGUAACCACUGCGGAUGGUUCUCUCGCUCCAGGCAAAAAGCUACAGUGCCCUCUCUGUGAUCGCCAGUACGGCUACGAAACGAACCUCCGCGCCCACAUCCGCCAGCGACAUCAGGGUAUCCGCGUGCCAUGUCCCUACUGCAGUCGGACGUUCACCCGCAACAACACGGUCCGGCGGCAUAUAGCGCGGGAACACAAACAGCAGACGCAGUACAUGCCCAAUCCGCUGCACAGUUAAGAUGUUUGUUGGUUGCGCCAAGCUGAAGACGCUGAAAACGCUGAAAAACGAGAAACGAACGACGACACAACAAAAACAAGACCGGCAGCAGCCCAUCCCAUCGCUGGUCAGAUCAGAACAAUGAAGUAAAGAAAAAGAAACACUCGCAAGCUUUGAUGAUAUGGUAAAAAGUGAUAAUAGGAAAAUACGAGAAGAGAUGAAAUCCGAAAUUUAUUUCGCAAACAAACUCUGAAAUAAAUAUUAUAAUAGCAUAAUAA